AUGACGGAGGCAGACAGAAGUAUUUAUCUGGCACCUGGGGAGGCGCCGCCACAUCGUACUGUCCAGUCAAAGCGGUUCAUCACUAAGAUGAUGUUCAUGGCAGCGGUGAUGCGUCCAGUGUUCGCAGAGGAUGGUUCUCUCAUCUUUGAUGGAAUGUGGCCAUUUACAGAGCGUGUACCAGCUAAGAAGAGCUCGAGGAACCAACCAGCUGGUACGCUAAUAACGAAGGCAGUGAAUGUUGGCCGCAGGGAACAGCGUGCGAUGCUGAUAUAUAAUGUGAUUCCCGCGAUUAAGAUGAAGUGUCCAGCCUUUCUAAAAGGCGUCCCAUUGAUUAUUCAGCAAGAUGGUGCUCGUUGCCAUGUCGAGCCCAAUGAUCCAGCGAUACUGGCAGCGUGUAGAGCUGAUGGGUGGGAUAUAUGCAUCGAGAUGCAGCCUUCAAAUAGCCCGGAUACAAAUAUUCUUGAUUUGGGUUACUUCCGCUCGAUUCAAGCUCUGCAGUACGAAGAAAGCCCAAACAGCAUCGACGAGUUGAUUGAAUGCACCAUCGCAUCAUAUCAAAAUCUCCAACCUGAGACGCUUGAAGACACGUUUGUAUCAUUACAGAAGGUAAUGGAGUGUAUUAUACAAGAUCUUGGCAACAACAGCUACAAGCGGCCUCAUAUCGGUAAGAGCAAACUCCGAAAGGCGGGUUUGUUGCUGAAGAACUACAAGUGCGACUUGUCGAUUUAUUUGGUAGGUGCGGCAUAUCAUUUUGUAGCCAGUCAACAGAAAGUAGAGAAGGAGAAUCUGUUGAGAUUGCAGAUAGAAGCCUUUAGAUUUUUAACGGUCUAA